GUGCGGAGGCACAUUCUUCAUCCUGGGACGCCCACCGCAGAAGGCGCCAACGCCAAGCAGCCCAUUUAUGUAUUGCAAGUAAUUACGCUGCUUAUCUUCUCGCUCUAACUCUGAACAGCACUUAUCUAUCUAUACUCUAUCCAAAGCACCAUUUCUCACUCUCCAAUCUUACUACCAACGUACCUAAUGCUAUUUCCCUCUAAAUCUGUUCACUGAAGCAUUCUUUUCUCCUCCUCGUUUUGAUUCCAAAUGAGGAAUUUGAACCAGUUCUCCUUCCCACUUUAGCAAUUCCGCUGGCGGGAUUCAUGGAGGUGGUCAUUGCUGAAGUUCGUUUUAUUAGUCACUUCCAGCUUCUUCGUCAGGGUAGUCUCUUCUCUUGCCCUUCGUUGUUCCCCUCCAAGAAGUCUCUUCCGCUGCACAUAUACCAUCAAGCACCACCACGAAAUAUUUUCGGAUUCACGUGUUCUGCGAAGAGUCGUAAAUCCGUAAGAAGACUAGCUACUUUAUCAACAGGCAAGUCAAGCACCACUGCUGAUAAAUUAUGCAAGAUCAUCUGGACCAUAGAAGCUGAUUUAGAAGAUGGUCAGCUUCUUUACAUAACUGGUGAUCCUGCUGUAUUAGGUUGCUGGAAGCCAGACAUGGCUCUACUGAUGUCUCCUUCAGAGCAUGUUAACGUAUGGAGGACUGAGUUCAAGAUUGAAUGUGGCUUGAAUUUCAAAUAUAAUUACUUCAUUGAGGGAAAAUCAGGUUCCUCAAGUGACAUCCUUUGGAAGCCUGGACCAGAGUUUAUUCUAUCUGUACCUCCUAAUGUUCAUGGAGAUGCUAAAAUUGUAGUAAGGGAUUCAUGGAUUAGAUCUGAUUGCCAGAUGUCUGCAGCUUAUGCAUGGGGUCACUACAUGGAAGAGAUGUAUCUUCUAGAGCAUACCCCUAUAUCUUUUCCGGUCAAAGAUGAAGCAAAGAUUAUGAAUCAGCUUGAAAAUGACAUGACAAAGUUGAAGGCACUUGGAGUAGAAGAUCAUUUCUAUGAUGACAAUGAGAACAUGAUAAAUGGAUUUGAUAUGGUUUCAAAUUCUAGUAGCAUAUGUUCUGAUAAAUACCAGCCUAUUGAAGAACCCUGGUUGCUCUGUCCACCAUCUUUCUUUGUCUCCAAGGAUAGAGUAGAAUCUGAUGCAAGAACUGAUGCCACUGUAGAAAAUCAAGUGACGCUAGUAGAUACAGACAAGUUGUUGCCUGAAGAAAGUAGUGAUAUCAUUUCAAAGGAACCUGUUUCUACCAUUAUACUGAUUAACUCUUCAAUAUGUACCAUGCAAAGGAUUGCUGUGCUGGAAGGUGAGAAAUUGGUUGAAUUGUUACUGGAACCCGUGAAGAGCAAUGUGCAAUGUGAUAGUGUAUAUGUAGGGGUAGUCACAAAGCUUGUUCCCCAUAUGGGUGGGGCUUUUGUAAAUAUUGGUAGUUCUAGGCCUUCUUUAAUGGACAUAAAGCAUAACAGGGAACCAUUUAUUUUCCCUCCAUUUCGUCAAAGAACGAAGAAACAAGAUCUGCAGGCUUCAUCCAUUCCUAAUAAAAAUGAUUUGAUAUCUGAUGAUGUUGAAGUCACUGAUGGAAUGUCAGACAUACACUCUGAGGAUGGCUCUUUACAAUUACUGCACAAUGACUAUGAUGAGCAGGAAGGAGAAGAUGAUUAUGAUAUUUCAGAAGUCCUUAAGGAAAAUGUAAAUGGCAGCUUGGUUGAUGAUGUUGAAGUAGAGGCUGACUUUGAGGAUGACAUUGAUGGAAGUGAAGUCCAUCUAGAAGAAGAAACCAAAAGCACUUCCCUUUCUACCAGCAUAGAUGGGUCUGUCAGCUAUCAAAUUUUACGGGACAAAGAUACAGAGGGAGACCAAGUACCUGCUGAAGAAAGUAAAUGGACCCGAGUUCGCAAGGGCGCCAAAAUUAUUGUACAAGUUGUCAAAGAGGGUCUUGGUACCAAGGGUCCCACUCUGACUGCUUAUCCAAAACUAAGAAGUAGAUUCUGGAUCUUGGUGACUCGUUGUGAUAGAAUAGGAGUCUCCAAAAAAAUUUCCGGUGUUGAGCGCACAAGACUGAAAGUUAUUGCAAAAACGUUGCAGCCUCAGGGUUUUGGUCUCACUGUAAGAACUGUUGCUGCUGGUCAUUCGUUAGAGGAACUGCAGAAAGACUUGGAAGGUUUGCUUUCAACUUGGAAAAAUAUAAUGGAACAGGCAAAAUGUGCAGCACUUGCUGCAGAUGAAGGUGUAGAAGGAGCUGUUCCUGUUAUUUUGCACACGCCAAUGGGUCAAACUCUCUCAGUGGUCCAGGAUUAUUUCAGCAAAACGGUUAAGAAAAUGGUGGUUGACUCGCCGAGGACAUAUCAUGAGGUGACCAGUUACCUUCAGGAAAUUGCCCCUGAUCUCUGUGAUCGAGUUGAGCUAUAUGAUAAAAGAGUUCCACUUUUUGAUGAAUUUAACAUUGAAGGAGAGAUUGACAAUAUCCUCAGCAAAAGGGUUCCACUUGCUAAUGGAGGUUCUCUAGUUAUUGAACAAACCGAGGCAUUAGUUUCUAUUGAUGUAAAUGGAGGGCAUGGGAUGUUUGGUCAAGGAAUCUCGCAGCAGAAAGCUAUACUAGAUGUCAAUCUUGCAGCUGCAAAACAAAUUGCUAGGGAGUUGAGGUUGCGGGAUAUUGGGGGCAUUAUUGUGGUUGAUUUCAUUGAUAUGAUUGAUGAGGCGAAUAAAAGAUUAGUCUAUGAAGAAGUCAAGAAGGCCGUUGAGAGAGACAGAUCCAUGGUUAAAGUCUCUGAAUUGUCCAGGCAUGGACUCAUGGAAAUAACACGAAAGAGGGUUCGACCAAGUGUAACUUUCAUGGUUAGUGAACCAUGUUCCUGUUGCCAUGGCACUGGCAGGGUUGAAGCUUUAGAGACAUCCUUCUCAAAAAUUGAACAACAAAUCUGCAGGCUUCUUGCAACACUGGAUGGGAAGCCAGACCCGGAAAACCCAAAAUCCUGGCCUAAAUUUAUUCUGAGAGUUGACCAUCAUAUGUGCGAAUAUCUGACUUCUGGUAAAAAGACGAGACUUGCAACAUUGAGCAGCUCUCUUAAAGUCUGGAUUCUCUUAAAGGUUGCUAGAGGUUUCACCAGAGGAACAUUUGAGGUGAAACCAUUUACAGAUGACAAGGUGGAGAAAAAUCAGCAUCAACAUCAAGUCGCUAUUUCAAUGUUGAGAUCUUCAGAGGCCAGUACCAAAAAACCUGGCCAAAACGUGACCCUUGUUCCUGUCAAGAAACUGAAGGCUAGGAGGAAAUAAGUCGGUCAUGAUCUGUACAAUAGUUCUUUCAUGAAGUAGGCCUCAUUGAAGGUUAGGAGGAAAUAAAUGAGUCAUGGUUAUCUGUAGAAUAGUUCUUUUCUUGAAAUUGACAUAGCCAUCCUUCCACUUUUCUUGUGUGUUCUAGUUUUGAUCAGUUUUGGAUGGUAUACAUAGGUUAGGAAGAGAAAGUAUGGCAUUGUGGGAGAGCAAAAGUCAUGAACCUGAGAAGCCUAAGGACAAACUUUUGUAUAAAAAUUUUUCGACUGAACAUAUCACAAGAGUCCAAAAGUUCUACUUGCUUUGGAUUUUAUUUGUGCAAUGUACUACUUUCAAGGUUU